AUGGUGGAAAAAGUGCUUCAAUACGACGACGGUUCGUCCACGGAUGACUCGACACCGGUCGUCGACUCACUCUCCGAGGAUGAGCGCGAGAUCGAGCCCAGACUACGUCGCAAGCUGGAUAUACGGAUCAUGCCUGUUAUUGUCUUGAUAUAUCUUCUCAACUUCAUUGACCGGUCAAACUAUACCGCUGCCCGUCUUCAGGGUUUAGAGCGUGAUCUCCAUCUCUCUGGCUCAGAAUACCAGGUCGGGCUCUCGGUGUUCUUCGUGGGAUAUGUCCUUGGGCCGAUCCCCUCGAACCUUCUUCUGAAUUAUCUCGGCCGUCCCUCGGCUUAUAUCGGCCUCUUUGGUGUCGCCUGGGGACUGGUGACGCUCUUGACCUCGCAGGUGAAGGGCUAUGGAUCCCUUGCUGCUUGCAGAUUUAUCCUGGGUGUAGUUGAGGCGCCCUUGUUUCCGGGUAUCAUGUUCUAUCUCUCGAAAUGGUACACGCAGAGAGAACUGGGCGUGCGGAUGACCAUAUUCUUUUCGGCCUCGCAUAUUGCCAAUGCUUUUGGGAGCCUGAUCGCCGCCGGCAUACUGAACGGCCUCGACGGUAACCGGGGAUUAUCUGCAUGGCGAUGGCUGUAUAUCAUCGAGGGAGCCAUCUCCGUCUUCCUCGGCUUCAUAGCUUGGUACCUGCUGCCAGACUUCCCAGAGAACUGGCGUGCCUUAUCCCCCGAGAUGAAACACGUCGCCAUCCGACGAAUGGCCCUCCAAGCCGCCGAAUCCGACCUAGACGAAGGCAAUGCCUCCUCGCAACUCACCGGCCUCAAACUCGCCUUCGCAGACCCCAAACUCUACCUCUUCGCAGGCAUCUAUAUCUGCAUGGUCGGCUCCUUCGGCUUCACCAACUUCUUCCCAACCCUCACCUCCUCCCUCGGCUACAACCACACCAUCUCGCUCCUCCUCGCCGCCCCGCCCUUCAUGUUCAUGACCCUCUACAGCUACUUCCACAGCCUCCUCAGCGACCGCCUCCAAUCCCGCUUCUGGUUCUUCGUCUACCCCAUCCCCAUCGCCAUCGCCGGCCUCCUCCUCUUCAUGACCACCGACUCGCUAGCAGCAAAAUACUUCGCCACAUUCCUAAUGAUGUUCUGCGUCUGCAUGAACGGGACUACACUCAGCUGGGCCGCGAGCUCCAUGCCCCGCCCCCCUGCGAAACGCGCCGUCGCCUAUGCUUUCAUGAACGGCGUGGGCAAUACAACGGGGAUCUGGACGCCGUUUACCUAUCGGGACAAGGACUGGCCGCAUUAUCAGCUUGCGUUGGGGAUUUGUAUUGGGUUGCAGGCCGGGGCGGCGGUGUUGGGGACUUGGUUGAGGUUUGUGCUGGUGAGGGAGAAUAAGAGGCUAGAGAGGGAGGAGAGGGAGGCGGUGCAGGGCUUGCAGGGUGGGAUUGCGAGUGGGAUUACGGGGUUUCGGUAUAUUCUGUGA